AUGUUCUUUUCAUACGCUUACCGAAGCCCUUCAUCGGAAAACCAAAUUGACUUGUUUCUCGCCCACCUAUACCCGUCUCUUAACCUUCAUCUGACAUCCACUCACAAAUGUUGCCUACAGAAGCUCAAUUAUAGAGGCGUAGACGAGAUUGCAAGUUUUAUUAUUAAUAAAAAUCUAUCUAUCAAAUCUCGGUCUGUUCAUAUCUAUCUAUCUAUCUAUCUAUCUAUCUAUCUAUCUAUCUAUCUAUCUAUCUAUCUAUAUAUAUAUAUAUAUAUAUAUUCUGCCUCUUUUCAUAUUCCAUUUUUCUUUUCUUGUUAUCGCUUUCUAAUUCAUUUUUAUUUUUACUCUGUUCCAUUUCAAACUUUUCUCAUUUUCGUCUCCUUUUUUUCCCUCUUCCCUUUUUUUCUUUUUCCUCACCUUUUUUUUCUGUUUCUUACUAUUUCAAUAUGUUUCUUCUUUGCCACUGCGUCAAUCUUUUUUUUACAAUAUUCUAUCUAUCUAUCUAUCUAUCUAUCUAUCUAUCUAUCUAUCUAUCUAUGCCAGUCUCUUCAUGUUUUGGCCUUAAAUGAUGAACCUAGCACACUCACUAUAAUAUCUAUCUAUCUAUCUAUCUAUCUAUCUAUCUAUCUAUCUAUCUAUCUAUCUGUGUGCAUGAGUGUUGGUGCGCAUGCAAAUGUGUAA